ACUUUAUGUAAUAAUAGCGACGCAUUUCGUUCGGUUAACGACGCGCUCCUUCUCUCGCGUGUCUUUUACGAGGCGCUCGUGAUUGCGCCGUAAAAUUAACGGUACGAGCGUAUCGUAAUUAGGAUGCCGUGGAAGCUAUACGUCGGAGUUUCUAAUACGCGAACCGGAGAAGAGAGGCGUCUGGGUGAAACGGACUGGCGAACGAAAUCCAAUCGAGAGUGACAGAAUCGUUGAACGAUCGUAUCUGCACGCUCCGCGGAGCAGGGUAUCUGGUCGUUCCAACGCUUUUUCACCCUACCUCGGCUUUCAGCUGGCUGGAAAAUAUAAAUUAGGCCACGCGGCCCGCACCGCCGGUCAGUUUGACGAAAGACCUCGAUCGAAGAUGAUUAGAAAUCACAUCGGCGGCUCGCACGUAUAAAUACGCGUAUUUUCUCUCCUUCGCCGCGAUGAACGCAAAUUGAUAAGCGCCACCUGUUGUUCGCAGUUUCUGGAAUACGCACUCACUGAAAACCGAGUAACAGUGUCUUCUUCCGUCUCCCCGUGAAGAGUCUGAAGUCGCAGUUUGUUGUCACGUUCGAAAAGCGAAUUCGAUAGUUAAUCGUUCUAUUCAUUCUUAAACUGAUGCAGUUCGCGAUUAAUAUUACAUGUCCCUCCUCUUCUCAAGUGUUGCAAUACAAAUUCUGCUGUGAAAGGAAGAACGGUCCAGAGAAAUGGAGCAACAACGAGACAUCUAUAAUCCAAUUAUGAUCUUUAUUCUAACAAUCGUCAGCAUCCAUAUCGCAUCAUCAUCGAGUCAGAAUCUCCACAUAGUCACCACUACGAUCGACAUUGGCUCCACAGACGGUGAUAAAAUUACCGAUCGCGCCUGGUUGCAUCCCUUGAACACCACGACGUCGUCGACCUAUCAAGAUUUCACAACCGAUUUGCCAACUUCGACGAGCGCGGAAGCAGAAGAGAUACUCGAUUCUUCGGAAACGAUUGUUCUGAAUCGAUACGCUCGGCCGUUUCAGCAUAACGGCUACGGCAGGCAAGAGCUGGAUAAGCCAGACGAGCCUCCAGACCAUGUGAUACCAUAUUCGGAACACGAAGAGGCCAGAGACGUGCCCACUCAACCGAAAUACGUGGGUCCUGGAACUUGGGCGAAGCCGCCACCUGACAAAAACAUUUCUCUGGACUUCGUGCCGACGAAGCUGCACGCUCAGGUUCGAGGGAAGCACACUGUAAAGAGAUUGCCGCAGCGAGAGGCGAUCGACAGCGCGGAGACGAACGAGGAGAAGCGUAACGCGGCUAGACUGAGGGAGGUUGUCACCAAUUCGAAGGUCAACACGGUCUACACCGAGGAGGGCUACGAGGAUUCGGCGUACGAUCACGCGGGACACAUCAGGGACGCUGAUUUUCACGAAGGAUUUGCACGCAAGCUUCACGAUCGAAUGAAAAAGGGAGAAAACUCGUUAAGCGAUCAGAAAAAGAACUUAGAGCCCGAUGGAUUCAAGGAAUAUGAGGAAGACUAUCAAGAUCACUUGCAGGAAAAUAGGAAGUUCGAGACGGACGAUGGAGGUAAUUUGAUAGAAUUCGGCAGGGGCAGUUGGGAGGAAUCUGAAACAGAUCCCAAAUUCGUUGCUGAGAAUAAUAUUCAGAAACUAGAAGAGGACAUAGAGAAAGAUGCUGAAGAGGCCGAGAAGAGUGCGAAGAUAUAUGAAAACGAACAAGAAUCGAAAGUUCGCAAUGAUAUCAAGACUGAUAGCUCGGAAUUGGAGGAGUCUCACGAUAAUUUAAAGCACAAGAAUAAAUUUAUCAAGACGAAAAAGAAGAAAAAAUCCAAAUUGCAAAAUGGAAAAGACGGCAGUGUAACUAAAAAAUCUAAGCAAUCGCACAAGUUGAAACAAAAAAAGAAGCUCUAUUCCGAGAAUUACAGGACAACCGUGCUUCCGUUUAAAGAAGCCGACUUAAGCGACGUUGAAAAGCCAGCGAGACCUUACGGUUUUGUGACAAGUUCUCCGAACUCGCAGAUAUAUUCCGUGGAUCAGACGACCCUACGCUACGUCUCUCCGUUCGAUACGACAGCUUCGUUUCUACAAGUCGAAGACGAACCGACGACGAUUGGUUACCGCGACCUCUUCUGGGAUUACUUCAAGGCGAGGCAAGGUCCAUCGACCACCGAAUCCACGCUCGUGUUGAAUUCGACGACCAUGAAUCCGCAACAGGAAGCGCGAACGCCGAUCGCGGUUGCCACCAUUGACGGUCACGGUCCGUAUCUUUUAGUGACGAAGGAGGAGAGCGUCACUUUGCGCCCGACGUUCUUCGAUCCGAGCAGCUUCCGUCCGCGAAAUUUGUUCUCCGAUCACGUGGAAUUCGGCCCGACCUCCGCUCAAACGCACAGUCGUCAUCUGCUCGGACAAAGCGGCGAUGUCAGUUACGCCAACAACGGAAUAACUACGUCCACGGUUGCAUCUGCGUUUGCCAGUGUACAACCCUUGUCGUUGUUAAAUCCUGAAAACGUAGCAUACUCAUCUUCGACGACUCUUAUCGACGCUACGGUAUCCAGUAGCACUCCGACCGUCAUGACAGUUAAUUUCACUCAGGAAGCUUACGCGCAAAUCGCCGAUUACCAUGAAAAUCCUUUUCUCGGUCCUGUUCUCGACAAUAGUAACAUCGUCGUUGCUAAAAAUAAGCUCAAGUACAAGGUUCUGGCGAGAGCGAAGCCAUCAUCUCGUGAAAAGAAACCCGUUAAAUCCGUCGCUCAACAAUCGUUCCGUCAACAGACUUCACCGUCGUCCUCCAAAGAAGAAGAUGAGUACAAGAAUAUUCGUGAUAAGCUAAACGCUAAGUACAAUAAAAUGCUAAGUUAUAUUAAAAACAAGCAAGAAACCGUGUCUUUUCCGAGAGAGAAAAAGAUCGGUUUUCCAGAAGAUUUUACCCUGAGAAGGCCGCCGAUUCAACAAGCCUCGUAUUCGAUCUUCCUGACGGAUCAUCCUUCGCCGACGAAUCGUUCAAGCGUGUCCGCAGAAAGUGAAUCGUCUCGGGAGACUAACCGGAGAAGCCCAUUGCAAAAUCAACAUCGUUCCGAACCCGUGAAAUUGCCGUUCCGUUUCAAUUCCGUUUCCCACGUUCAGCCGCUGCGUCCGGUUCAUCAUAAAAAUUCACUUCCGACAACAAAACUGUCGCCACCGCCAUUGCCGUUGGCGAGCACUUACGCAAAUUAUCGUAGCAAUAAGAAGAGCGACAAUCGUCAUUCUCAUGUCAGUGGCAAACCGCAGAAGAAACGUGAUAACGCGUUCAAACAUUUGUCUUUGAGUCCUGAAGCGAGCUGGAGAACGCGAUCCCGGAGAAAAAGAUCCGACGUAAGUGAAUUUCGCGACGGUAGUAGUAACGGUGCGGGCAUUGAUGUGAAAGCAGCAACAAACAAUGGUGUGACCAAUGACGAUAAAUCGGAGCAGCAAAAUAAAAGUUUGUUUGAUAGGGUAAUUGAUAGAUCGGAAGGAAAGUCGUCGAGUCCGAAAGUAAUUGAUGCGCCGAUCGAUGUUCCAAAUGCUAUGAAAUUAGCAUUUCCCGCAAGACCGAGAGGAGACGAGAGCGGAACAUCCAGAAACAAAAGUAGCUCCAUCGGUGAAAGGAAAAAUAUUGAAGACGCGAGAAAGACAAUUGGCAUUCCAGAGAUAAUUGAGAAAGGACAAAUAGUGAUGCAUUCGGCGAGGCAGAAUGUGCGAAUGAAUGAUACGGAGAUUGCAGAAUUGGCGAAGAAGAAAAGAGACAUCGGAAGUGAAAGGUCGACGAGAAAUUUGAAGAACGAAAUAAACGAAAAGAGUCACGAGGAGUUAUUAAACGAGUCGCCUAAAAUUAGCGGCGAUGUUAUCGAUGAGGAGAUUGCAGUGCGCUUUAACGAGAAGGAUAACGAAGCUUCACCGAAGAAAAAUGGAAAAAUCGAAAUUGAAGUCCCCAGCUUUGAUUACGUCGACGAGCUCGCGGAAGACGAGCUCAUAAAACCUUCCACGACGACAGAAGCUGCUAUAGAUUUGAAAAAGUAUCCCUUUUACAACCACGACGAUAUACCUAACGUGUCCGCGUUGAAAUACGUCGUCGAUCCUGAAACAGUACCGCGGAAGACAUCACGUGGAAUGGAGUUCUACGAUUCCCGAAACGCUUAUAAGCAGUGCGACGAGGUGGAGCCCAAUCUGGACAAGGUAUUGCCCGAGAAAGAGGAGCCGGAUCCCGAACGAGGUCCGCAGCAGAAUCUACCGCGUCUUCGUGGUCUCGGUGACAAACUGGAUUGCUUCAAGGCCAAGUACUUCGAUGAGAAUCCCCUCGACAACCCGUUGUUUGGCGAAAAACUGGUCGAGGAACCGACUCUACCUACAGAAUUAAAUCCCACGAAGUUUGCCUCGAAGAUCAUGGUACUUCCCGAAGAGAACGACGACUACGUCGUGCCUCAGGUCUCGAAGAAGCCGGAGCGCAGUAGUCGCCAGUGGCGAAACAGAAUUCGUCCGUACGAGACCCUUGAAUCGAUACGCGUCAAUUACAAGAAUGACCCGCAAACCGGAAGAGGAAGGAACGCGUAUUUCCACAGCAUGCGCGGCACGAGGCUGACCAAUAUGAUGCGCAGAGUGAAGAAUCGAAAACACAGGCCCAAAAUUUCCACCACUACGUCAGUGCCGAAGUUUCAAACCUCGUCCUAUCAGAAUCUGGUGUAUGAAGACGUGAUGGGUAACAUCAGGAACAUGAAGAACACUUACCAGGUCUACGAGAUGACGACCUUGCCGCCAUCCUCGAUUCUAAUAACCGCAGGCAGCGAAAACAUGUUAAAAGUUGUGGACGUUGCGUCGAACUCUUCGAACGAAAGAAGUACGUCGAAGCCGGAAGUUAUUGAUCUUACCGAUGUUGCGAAUAACACGAAAAUCACGAAAUCGUCGGAGAUCAAAGGAUUGCUGCCUCCUCCGAAGUAUUUAAUUCAGCGACAGAGUUAUAGAAAGCCUAGACCACCGGCUAAGAGCAGAGGGUCUUUGCUAAGGUCCACGACUUUUCCUCGCAUCAUCGCUCAUCAUCAUACUAUCAAGUUGAACAAGCGUAGUAUUACAGACGAUGCUGAAAAGAAUUCCUCUGAAAUUACGAUUAGUGAGAAUAAAAAGACUACAAUUAAUGGAGAAUCUGUAAAAGUCGAUGUUGGAAACGAUGUAAUUGUAAAAGUGACAGAAAAAGCAAUGAACAAAACAAAUGCAACGGCCGAACUAUUGGAUUUGGAAAUCGAAGAGAGUAGGCCAAUUAGCACGCUGGAUGGAAGCUUGUUUACAACUCUGAAAAUGGAUGAUAAGAAGAAACGAAGAAACUCCACGAGCAGCGGCGUUAGAAGUGAACCUCAGAAAACUGUCUACACGAUCAGAGAUCGAAUCAGAUACUCGAAGCCCAAGUGGGACACGAGAGGAUUCGGAAAGUUUACCACGAGCUCAAAGACGGAUGAGGAUAGCAGGCGAAAGGAGCCCCGCUAUAAUCGCAUUGAAAGAAAGAAGAAACUAGUCGAUGAUCGGCAGAACAAUUCUACGAUAAUGAAUUCGACCGAGAGCACUUCAGGAAUCGAAAGUGCAAAGUCAUUAACAGGCGAUAGAGAAAGUAGCACAACUGAGGUUUAUCACGCUGAAGAAUCCGCGAUACAACAAAUGAUCUACCACAAAAAGGACGAAUAUUCAGAACCAGAAAAUGUUGAGAACAUUGAUGCGGACUCUGAAGAAAGCUUCUUCAAGGAAGACACGGAGGAGAGUACGACUAGCACGUAUCAGGUUAGCGAAGAGGUCGACGAGAACGUUGCUACGACCAUGGCGACAGCAAAUUCUCCUAGCACGAAGGCAGUCCUGGAUUUGCGAGAGUACCUGAAGUCUGAUCCACCGGGAUACGCGGAAGCAUUUCCCGAGGAGGCAACAACGCCGUUGAGUAAACAUCAUGAAUCUGAUGACAGCGAAGAGAAGCAGGAGGAAGAGACUGACCACUUCGGAAAUGUGGCGAAUCCACGGGAUAACGAUUCCUCCGAGAAAAUUGAAGAACAGGUUGAAACCCCGACGGAGACAAAUUUAUUCUCACAAGAUGACGAUUCUGAGGAACAUUUAUCAAAGGAGGAGGAAGAUUCAAACAAGGAUCAGACGUUUUUUGCAUACCCGAAACGACCGUCGUUGACUGAAGACGACGAUAAUGACGAAAAGGCGGCAUUCUACAAACCAUUCCCAUUUUCAAGAUUCAAGUCUGCGAUUAAAAAAGGAAGCGAGGAGAACAAUUCCAACGAGGAGAGCGAGGAAAAGAGCGAAACUUACGUAUUUCCUUGGCACUUGGACAAAGAAUAUCCAGAAGACAAACGUCAAUGGCUGUACGAUGUCGGCAGAUACGAAUACCCUUGGGAAAGAAGAGACAGACUGGCGAGAGAACGAAGGAAACGAAGGCAAAACAGGGCGCGGUUUUUCGACGACGAGGACGAGGAGGAAUCCAGGAGAUAUGAAAGACCCAUUUAUUCUUGGGAGAGGUAUAAUGUUCCUUCCAAAAGGUUGAAAGUUGGACACGGUAUUUCGCGCAGAUAUGUAGAUGAAUCCGGCGAAGACUCCAGCACCGAGCAAGUGCCGUUGACAAAGUUCAGCAGCAGAUACAGUUCCGGCGACAUAAAGCCACAGUUUUCUAACGCACGUGAAAUCAGCAGAUCCAUCAAAAAAUUUCUAGAGGAAGACGAUAAACCCGAGGGAAAAACUUCGAAAGAGAUCGAAAGUCGCUCUCCUUCGUAUGCGCGGAAAUCAUUACCCUCCUCAGAUAGAGGAAUCUCCAGAGGGACGCUCGUGCCCGAGGACAUCACGCAGCCGCCAGGAAGAAAGAAUGUGCGAAGAAAAGUCUCUCGAGUUGACAAGAACGUGUCGACUAACUCGCGCUUUGACUCGAAGAAACUGAGGAGCGAAGAUGUUGACGGAAAGAAGGAAGAAGAGGCCGCGGGAUAUUUGAAAUUAAACAGAAGUAGUUUGGACGAGCCGAUAGAAGUAACGAGCAGCCAGCCGAGUCAGUUAUCUAAUGGAACGAAGGAAGUUCCUUCCACGACUGAGCAACGUAAGAAACGUCGAAGAAUAUCGAGAAACAACUCUACGAUUUCCCUCGAUAAUGCAUCUGCCGAGUCAAUUGCUAAGCUCAAAAAAAGACGCAGGAAACCUGAUGCUUCGACGACGACGUCAACUACACCUUCGGCGAGCAUCGAUUUUAGUCCGAGAAAGUCGGCUUUUACACCCGUUCGAAGAAAAUAUUUGAAGAAAGACGAGAAGACAAGCAGGUCAAAUUUUUCUGAAAAGACUGCGGCGGAUAAAACAAUUUCUACGCCUGCAACGACCAAAACCGACAAUUCUCAAGUAGAAACGUCGACUCCGAAAACACGAACGAUCGAGCAUCGAUCGACAGUCUCGAAGGAGAAGAUCGUUACGAAGACCACUUAUCCGGACGAAGCAAAGAACUUCGAUUCCAUGAAGACUAAUCCGACGUCCGCUCAAAGCAGGCCGGUGCAAUUGAGAAUGAAAUCCAGACGCAGAAAGAAUAAUAAUACGCGGGAUGGUAACAAUGAAGAUUCAAAUGAUAGAAAAGAAUUAAUUAAGCAAGAGGAUAAGAAUGGAAAUUAUGAAGUUAAAUUCGCUAAUGAGGAUGAGAUUAAAAAGUCGGUGAUAUCGGAUAAGCCUCAAGACGGAAGUAGAGGUAAUGCUGUCGGACGUUUUGGGAUGAAGAGGGAGGAGGUUAAGAAGAUAAAUGAUUUUGGCUCUAACGAAGGGAUUGUUAACAAUGAGAAUGAUAAUGGCAACGGUGGCUUUGGAAUAUCGUCAGAAAUCUAUGCGGUACGCAACUUAAUGCAGAAUAUUCCACCAAAUCAGAAUAAAAAUCAAGCCAACGAAAGAACUGAAUCGCAUAGGAUAACCGAAAACAAGAAAGAUCAAAAUAACGAUAAGGCAAAUGAAGAAGGAGAAGAAGAAGAAGAAGAUUUGAGCCAAAAACAGAAGCCGUUAUUACAGGCCAAGUUCAUAAAGGAUCCAGAGCGCAGGCUGUAUUAUUACGUAGAGCGUAAAUAAUUGGAGCUGCCGUAUUUUCCGUUCAGUUACAAGGCGUCUCUAUCAAAAUCGCAAAAUCGUAUAUAAAAUCAAUUUUAAAAUUAUUUUAAACAAUUAUAAGAAAUUGUUUUUCUUGCUCCAUUUUCUAUUUCUUUUUAUCUCAUGAUGAAUAGUAAUAUACAAGUAAUUUUCAUCAGGCAUUAAGAAAUUAAAAAUUAAACGUAUCAUACAAAAAAAAUUAAUUACAUAUUAAGAGAAGGUAUUUUUAUAAAUUCUAAAAUGUUUGCAAAAGCAGACGCGGCGCAAAGAUAACUUCGAACACUUGCACUCGAGUUUACUUCAAUCAGUACGCACGAUACUUUCAAUGUUUGUUUUCAAUAGUUGUUGUAGCAUAUUUAGAGUUAAUUAAUUUUUGUUUUAGAGAAAGCGCGCAUUUUAGACGCGGAUGAUUAAGCGAGAUCCAAUCGAGGGUGUUGUAAUAGUUUUCUUCCGACCUCUAAUUACGAGUUGUUGUAUAUAGUCUAGGAUACUUUUGUUAAAUAAACGUUACAGAGAGAUUGCA